AUGCUUGAACAUAAGAAACAUUGGGAUCUCAAUGAUGACAAGGCCACUAAAUAUGUUUACACCAAACUAAAUUAAAUAGCUCUAGGAAAAACAGAAACACUCAACCUAUAUGGAGUCAUUAUUGACGCAAGUUCUAGUUAUCAAUCUAAAGGCUAUCAAAUUUGUCAGAUAAAAGUCAUAGAUUAAAGUCUGAAUCUAAAGUCUAGUCGAAUUUAUAACAACAAGGCAAUGGAUCAUUAGGUGAUAGUCUUCUUUGCUAAUCACUAGAAGGAUUAGCCACAAGUCUUUAGACUUGGAGAUAUAAUCAGAGUUCAUAGGGCGAAUUCGACUGAAUAUAAUAAUUCUCUUCAAGUGAUUGGGAAUUUGUAUGGAAGAUCAUCCUGGGUCAUUUUCCAAGGAUAGCCAGAAUACACACACUCAUACAAGCAUAAAAAGAGUAAUAAAGAUGAUGAUGUCGACAUGCUUAUGCCAAAUGGCUUUAUUCGAAUAUUUGAUAACCCAGAAGAUGAAUAUUAUUAUGAGCGAAGCAAACAACAGUUGCAAUUAGAUGAUGAACUUGAUGAAAAUGACCUUAAAUACUAUCCGAUUGCAUGCUCUUCAAGUUCUUACAGCUUCAAUGACUCUGAAAAGGAGAUUAUUGAUAACCUUAGAAGAUGGUCUUAUGAUUAUCUAAAGAGUAAUCCUGUGUUCGCUAGUGAGACGUAGGUAUAGACUUAGAUUCAUGUGGAUUCUCAUGGAUAAUCCUAUUACAAAGAUUUUGAUAUCCUAGCUAAAAUUAUAUCUCUUGAAGUUAUUGAUGAUAUUUAGGUUGAUAUAAGGAUAAAAGAUUUGGCUGGGAUAAUUUUCUAGUUAAGUGUUAAAACAAUUCGGCAUCGACUGCCCUAAUUAGGCUAAGUAAUUAGAGUGAGAGGUGCCAAGAUAAAUAUUAAUUAUAAUCCUGCAGUAAUGAAGGGAAAUUCUUAAAUCCCUGUUAUGUUGGAGUUGCAUCAUCCUUCAAAUAUAAUUCAUAUACCCUAAUACUAUAAGUAAGCAUUAAUUUUGAAUGAGAGAGUUAUUGAGGAUGAAUUAAUGAAAAAAUUGAUUUUAAAUACUGACAUCGACAAAAAUCUGACAAUGGGUCAACCUCUAGUUAUAACUCAAAUUAAUAAGCAAUAUAACGAAAUGCCCUAUACGAGUCUCUUUGAGUUAUAUCAUAAACCUGCAGUUGAAAUAUCUUAUGAUUUCAAUUAGCACGAUAUAAUGAGAAUGAAAGUAUUUACUUUGGGAUUUUUGCCCUCAAACAUAAGAGAAAUGACACAGCUUUAUUGCAAAAGAUGCUUGCGAAAUUUUUCAUUUUAAGAACUAGAAACUGACAAUAGUUUGCCAAUUGAUUAGUAAAUCUAUAAAUGUAAUUAGUGUGGUGAUUAAUGCAGGCCUAUAUAUAUGAUGGCAUUGAUUGUCAAAGAUGAUUCAACUGCUGGUACCGAUCGUUGCUAUAAACUUUAUUACUACAGCCAUGAUUAGCCUGAUGGUGAAGAAUUAUUUGGAGGUCUUAGACCAGCAAAUCUUUACAAGGAUGAAAAAUCAAGGGAAAUGCUUGGAAAUUAUAUACAGUUAUUUACAAAGUUUAACAUUUAUUUAGAUGUGAUUGUUAAAAGGAGAUUCGCAGAAUCCUAAAGAGAGGAAGUAUAUCAGAUUAUUGAUGGUAGGACUAAGAGUUUCCAUUUAGAAAUGAAUAAUUGA